AUGUUCGCCCGCAAGCAGUACGUCGCGAGACACCUUCGCCUCCACACGGGCGAAAAGCCGUUUACGUGCCGCCUCUGCCCGGCGGAGUUCGCGCACCAGACGACGUUGGAGCAACACUUGUUUACCCACACCGACGAAAAACCGUACAGAUGUGAAGAGUGUGGGAGAAGGUUCGCGCAACGGGCGAGCCUAUUUCGCCACAACUAUGUUCACACCCGCGAGAAGCAUUACGCCUGCGACAGAUGUCCGGCCGCAUUCUCUCAUAAGAGUACGCUGAUCAGACACUACCUUACGCACACGAAGGAGAAGCCGUGGAAGUGCGCACUGUGCGACAAGACAUUCGCGCUCAAGUUCAACCUGAAGGUCCACUUGCGGGUGCACACCAAGGAGAAGCCGUGGAAGUGCGCACUGUGCGACAAGACAUUCUCGCAGAAGUCCAGCCUGAAGGUCCACUUGCGGGUGCACACCGAGGAGAAGCCGUGGAAGUGCGCACUGUGCGACACGACAUUCUCGCAGAAGUCCCACCUGGAGGUCCACUUGCGGGUGCACACUGGCGAACGACCGUUUCAGUGCGACUUGUGUCCAGCCACUUUCAAACGGCUGGCUCACCUGCAUAAUCACAAGCGGACGCACACCAACAAAAAGCCGUUUGAAUGCUGCGUGUGCGUCAGGAGAUUCACGCAGAUUGGUUCCCUCAAUAAACAUAUGCGCACAUUCCACGCCGCUCCAAGCGCUGGUGAGAGCGAGGUCGGCGACCGGGACCCUCCCACCGUAGCGCAACGACCUGCAAAGCGAUGUCGGAAAGCUGCAAGGAACAAAGCCCAAGAAACAGUAUGA